AUAUUGGAGUAACAUGACAGCAAAUAGGACCCAGCAGAGCUCUCCGUCGAACCUCACCUGUCCCCAAACGCACUUUUACUUUUCCACCUGAAGUCGCCUGUAGAAUCCCGACAUCUGUCAGACUUUAAGAUAACGACAUGUUUUCUGCAUUGCUCUGCAGUUUGUUGCUCCUGCACGGCUCGCUCGGGGAGAUCGUGUUCCGAUGCCCUAGCUGCACCGCGGAGCGCCAGGCGGCGUGUCCCAAGCUCACCACCUCCUGCGAGAUUGUCAGGGAACCGGGUUGCGGUUGCUGUCCGGUUUGCGCCCGGCAGAAGGGUGAGCUGUGCGGCGUCUACACGCCGAGAUGCGGGAGCGGUUUGAGGUGUUACCCGACCGCGAAUUCAGAGUUACAGCUGGAGCAGCUGAUACAGGGACUCGGACGAUGCGAGAACAAAGUGGACCUGGAGCCCACCAUGACCAACCAGGAGUCAGGACACAGUGGAGAGUUAAAUGGCACGCGGUCCCCUCCAGUGAAAAAGUCUGGCAAAGAAAACAAUUACCAGCACAUCAAGGAAAUAGCUGUGAAGCAGCAUCUCGACAAAAAGAAGUCCAAGAUGUACAGCUCCCUGGAUGAUCCCAAAACACCUCACCCCAGACAGAGCCAGUGUCAACAGGAGCUGGACAGAGUUUUGGAGAACAUCUCCCGAAUGACGUUCCAUGACAACAAGGGACCUCUGGAAAAUCUUUAUGACCUGAAGUUCCCCAACUGUGACAAGACAGGACAGUACAACCUUAAGCAGUGCAACAUGUCCAGCCAUGGACAGAGGGGCGAGUGUUGGUGCGUCAACCCCUACACUGGUGUCCAGAUACCCUCGUCCCCAAAAGUGCGGGGUGACCCCAACUGCAGCCAGUACUAUGGUGGUCCCGAGCUGGAACCGCCCACCAGCCAGCAGAAAUAGACGCACCCUGACCCUUAAGGGAGAUGCCCCGGGUCUCAAACGAGGAGAGUUAAAGCGAGUGCAAGAGCGAAGUGCAUGUGUGUAAUUCUGUACGUGUAUGUGUAUGUAUUUUUUCGCAAUAGUACAAUCUGUAUUGUCGAUAGGAGUGUGGAAAGUCACAUGCCAGCAAAGAAAAGCAAGUCAAGGACAGGUAGUUAAACCUCCCCCUUCUCAAAUCCAGAUAACUGUACUCCAAAUUUAACUCUGGAGUGU